CUAAGAUGUCUGUUAUUACUCUGUGACCGGAUACGAAUUGCUCUUUCUGAUAUACUGAGCCUACAGUGACAAUAUAUAACCGCUAGGCUUGCUCAUAUACUGGAGGCAUUUUGCUGACUUGCUCACUCAUUACUGAUGUAGGGCAUCAAAUCUCCUAUGAUACUGCCUCUUAUCAACAGAUUACCUUUAGGCCACACAAUAACAUUUAGUGCAAUGAAACUCCCAAAGUAAAAUGGGUGGGUGGAGACAUUCUAACUGGUUUAUGGUAGUAAAUUACAGUGUUUUUACAGCAUUCCUGGCUGAAAGAGGAGGCAGAUUGGCUCUUAAAGAAAAAGACCAAAGACACCAUUCUCCUUCAGUACAAGUAUUGAUAUUUACUGAUAUGAAGUAAUAAAUAAUGACAGCAACAUUUGCAAUAAAUCCAAUCUAAACUAAAACCCUCACACAAAUUAUUUCAAAAUGAGCCAGUGGGCAAUUUAAAUAUUCCAUUAACUAAAAAUAAAAGUAAAACCAGUAAUGUUUCAACAGGAGUUUGGUCAGAGAGGUUAAUGUCAUUAGAGAUAAAAGGUCAUAUACUGUAGUUGAGUUACGUGACCAGUUAAUUUGGAAAUACUUAGCAUAAAGUUUUAUGAACUUUAAUGAAUGAGGGUUGGGUGUCUUUAUAGAUUAUAUCUGCUGAGGUGGUGGUGCUAUUACUCCACUAUUGAUUAGAUUAGAAUGCCUGGGAAGGACACAGACACACACACGCACGCACACACCUACACACACACACACACACACAUAUAAACAUACACCAUCGCGCAUGCAAACACACAAACACAGAGGUUUACCAACAUGCACAUAAAGUGCAAAGCUGUCCUCUAAAAUCAAAUGAAAUCUUUCUCAUGGUGAAAUAAAAUAAGGCAGAGGGGGAGAAGGAAAAGAUCUCCUUCACCUCUAUCUAUCCAUCCCUGUGAUAAGUGGGAGAGAGAGAAGGACAGAUAAGUAAUGUGCAAUAAAGUGAGAAGUCUUAGGCCACAGCUCCUCCCCUCUCCUUGUUCCUGCCCCAAUCAGAUGGGAUUAUAGAUCUUUUAUGUCAGGGAUGUCCCUAGUCAUGGCUGUAAGAAUAAGAUGAAGCAGAGACCAGCAGGUAGAGAAAAGGAGACAUAGAGACUAGAGAGUGAACUGAGAAGAGGAGAGAAGCAAAGAGAGGAAGAAGAAGUGUGAGGAAGACCAAGUUGAAACAGGAAUGAAGUAUCCUCCUACUCCUCAGAGUAAAUCUCUGUUAGAUAUGGAAGUAGCAAACUAUUGUGAAGGCCUGGAUCCCUCAUACAGCACACUGGGCUUUGAGAAUGCAGAGGUGCUCUGUGGAGGAGGAGACAGCAUGCCAAUAGAGCCGGGCAUGUCAGUCGGUCCAGACGGGGUCAGCAGUAACUGUGCCAUCUGUGGAGACAAAGCCACAGGAAAACACUAUGGAGCCUCCAGCUGUGAUGGCUGUAAAGGCUUCUUCAGACGCUCCAUACGCAAGAGCCAUGUCUACACCUGCAGGUUCAGCAGACAAUGCAUUGUGGAUAAAGAUAAGAGAAACCAAUGUCGUUUCUGCAGACUCAACAAAUGCUUCAGGGCUGGCAUGAAGAAAGAAGCUGUACAGAACGAGCGGGAUCGGAUCAGCUCCCGAAGAAGUAUCCCCGACACCCAAGACAUGCCACCCAUUACUAUUUUGGCCCAAGCUGAAUCACUGUCCCAACAGAUCACUGCUCCACUUGGAAUAGCAGACAUAUCGGAGCAGAAGUCAGCCACUGUCGGAGAUGCAUGCGAUUCUAUGAGACAACAGUUAUUGGUGUUGGUGGAAUGGGCCAAGUACAUUCCUGCAUUUGGAGAACUGCCACUGGAUGACCAGGUGAGUUUGCUCAGGGCUCAUGCAGGUGAGCACCUUUUGCUUGGUGUCGCCAAAAGGUCAAUGCCAUUCAAGGACUUCCUGCUUUUAGGUAAUGGCUGUGUGAUCCACAGGAACAGUCCUGAACAAGAGAUGUACAAGGUAGCCAACCGAGUGCUGGAUGAGCUGGUACAGCCCUUCCAGGAUAUUCAAAUAGACGACAACGAGUAUGCAGCGCUCAAGGCUAUUGUCUUCUUUGACCCGGAUGCAAAGUCUUUGCGGGAUCCAUUGAAGAUUAAGACCAUUCGUCUGCAGGUCCAGAUGAGUCUGGAAGACUACAUUAAUGACCGUCAGUAUGACUCCAGGGGUCGCUUUGGAGAGCUGUUACUCCUGCUGCCCACCCUGCAGAGCAUCACCUGGCAGAUGAUCGAACAGCUUCAGUUCAUUAAGCUCUGUGGGCUGGCCAAGAUAGACAACCUGCUGCAUGAGAUGCUGCUGGGAGGCCUUGCGUCAGAGCCCACACACCUGCACCACCCAGCACACACCCAGCUGGCCCAGGACCCUUUGACUGGACACACACUGGUCAUCAGCACCCUGCCUGCCGCUCACACUACACAGACAGCCUCUCCAGACACUCCCAUCCCAUCACCCCCUCAGGGUCCUGCCCCAGAGAAGUACAAACACUUUUCCCAUCCUCUUUGUCCUCCAGCCAGCCCCUCGCCUUCCACAUAGACAGAUCUCUGACUUCUCCCUGCACUCUGUCAAAGAAGCAGACAUGGGCCUAGUUCCCUUGUCCCCUAUCCAUCAUCCCAGUCAUAAGAUUAUGAAAGCAGUCCCCGCUCAGGGUCUGUGGUUAGACUUUACCCUGCUCCUUCUCCAUGUGACUCCUGGUGGCGUUGCAACAAUAACUAAGAUGUAAUUAACGCUGCUGUGUGCGGCACUUUUAAACGUCAACUUGUCACCUUCAAAUUCAGUGAACUAAUGAAACACCAAACCAGAGUUUAACAAAACAUGAUGUUUGUGGUCACCUAGAACCAAUAUACUGUUUUUCAAUGCAGUAUCUAGAUUUUACAGCAUCGUUAUGUCAGUAAGGCACAUGCUCAUAGAAAUGAUGGCAGUGCAAAAGGUAAAGUAGAUAGUAAAGUAGAUAGUCCGAUGAAAAGAUAAUGCCAUCUUAAACUCUGCAUUAUUUGAAGUGUAGCUUUUAUUGACUGAUGUCUUGCUUGAUUUGACAUAGAAGUGCAGAAAAUGCCCUCUGUCCUUAUGCUUCUUUACUGUGAUAAUCCUGAUAACGUGUAAAUGCAUGAAAUACUAUCUAAUCAUCAAUUGCAAAGGCAACAGAAAUGCAAAGAGAAAAUCGUGGCUUAUCGUCAACAAAUUACAGCUGGCCAUCAAAUAUAAAUGAAAUGCUCUGUUUUGUUCAUAAAUGAUGCAUCAGUGGGGCCUAUUACACCUGUAAACUGGUCUUAGAUCAGUUAUCGUGUUCUAAAGAACUUCAGAGAUAUUGUUGCUGAUUGUUAAGACUUAGAUGUUAUACCUAAACACACUGUGGGGUAUGCAGAGGAAGAAACUAUUUUAAAAGGUUGUGAAAAAAAUUCAAUAUAUUCCGAAUUUACAUGUAUGCAGCAGCUGAAACAUAAUAUAAUGGGGUACUAUAGUUUGUGGUGAAGAUUAACAUGGCAAUAAUAACAAUAACAUUUAUUUUACAUAAAGACCUGUCGUCAAAUGCAAAAAGAAAUGUGGAUAAAUUGUAAUAUUUGAACAACUUACUGUAUAUAGCCAAAUGGAUGAUAGGAAAUAUUCACAUCAUCAAAGUGUCUUUCUAUAUUAAAUUUUUUGGAAUCAGCUGUGUAUUUCUAUUUUGGUUUGUGUACAUUUCUUAGUUUAUGUAGUAUAUUUAUUAAAAUGCAAUUUUGAGUAUUCAUUUGAA